CUUCACACGAACCACCAUCAGAAAGCCUGAAAGGUCCACCUCUCCGAAUUUCAGUUGACCCGCAGCUCCAGUGUAAUCCUCAAGUAUAUGAUGAAUUUUACGAGUAAAAAGAAAAAGAUCUACAUGGAAAAUGAAAAAUCGUUUGAUAAUUUUAAUGAAUGAAGCUUCUCGUGUAGCUCCGCUGGGUCUUCUUUUUGCGCUGCUUGCUCGACUUGAGGCGGCCGCAGACGCUGGCGCCGGCAUUGACGCUGCCUGGGAUUCCCUCGUCUUCGGCGGUUCCGUGGCUUCUGCAGCUGUUGGACUGCUUGCCGGAAGGACGCCCGCCUGCGCGGAUCGUGAUAUUUUGGAAGAUGCCUUUGUUAAAGAAUACGGUGUUUUGGAUAUGUCUUUUUUCAUCAAGCUUCUAUCAUAUUUUAUAAACUCGUAGGCAAAGAAAUGGAUCAUCAUCAGUAUCAUGAACCUUUGUCUGUUCAAAGUUGUUUGAGGAAUAAAAUAAAGAGUCAUUCGAUCUUUUUUGCUGGAAGAACUGUGAUAUGACCAUUGCCGUCGUCAAUUUGGGGUUGAAACUCCGAUGGUCAUGAUAAGAUAGAACACAGUGAAGAUUAUCUUUCAUUUUUAUCAACGCACAUAUUUAUACUGUUGCAUGUUCCAUUAUUGCCAAAGAAAAUUAUAAAAAUGGAAAGCUACAGCCUGUCGCCGAACUGGGGCGAAAUAAAACGAAGAUGAGAUCAGUAGAAAAGGGAAUCUCGAAGCUUGAAGAGCAAAAGAGAUUACGACAAUCAAUCCAAAGGAAAAUAAAGCGUGGCUCAAAGAGUAUGAAUUACAUAGGGAGUUUCCAUGUUUGUCACUUCCACAAAAUACUUUGUGUAAUGAAUGGAAAAAGGAU